CUAGAGUAGGACGAACGUCACAGCCGCCGGUAGUAAGUUGGCCACACCCACUUUAUAAGGUUUGGCAGCACUUGAAGAUUAUCCUUCUCUAGCUCUAUAACAGAUUGACUGCAUAUGUGAUAUGUGAGGGUAUCUCCCACCAUAUAUAGUACGCAAGUCGAGUCCACCAUGCCACCUGUCACCAAAAGACCUGGGAAUCUUCUGAAAUGCCUCGGUUUUGCUAUCAUUAUUCAAGUCGCUGUCGGUCUCAUACUCGUUGCAAGUGCACUACUGAAAACAGAAACGAAUACAAACACGCCUAUCAAGUUGUGGUCACGAGAAGUAAUCACGGAGAACUUAGAAAAUCGAGUACCCAUCAUUCGAGUUCCCUCAAUUAAGUCCGCAAAAGAACCUUCACUACCUUCCUCUAAAAAGCCGUCAAAAAUGCCGCUACUUGACAAACCUUCCGAGAAGAUAUCUAUUUCUGAAACCAGCCCAAAGAAAAAGAAAAACAAACCUGAUUUAAGUGACAGUGAACCGAUAAAAAUUUUGCAGUGGACCGGUGGAAGAGGAGAGGGACCAGUGAAGAAAUGUGAUGUACCAUGUUUCCACACGUCUGAUAGAAGUGCUUCUACGCUCAGUACUGUAUCCGCCAUUGUAUUUCAUAUUCCCUCGUUUGGCGGUAAUCCAAGAUCUGCGUUAAAUGGAAAAGCUAGUCAAGCUCUCACUGUUGCUUUAUCCAUGGAGUCGGGCGAAUACUAUCGACGACAAAAGGACUUAUCGGAUUACGAUCUAACGGUUACGUGCAGUUUUGACAGUGACCUUCCCGUGACGUACUACGGAUGGGAUUACAAUCUGUUACUGGACGUGAGUGACUGGCCUUGGGAGAGAAGAGAACCAGCCAUCGUAUUUGUGGCAAAGAAUUGCCAUUCGAGGAAUCGCAGAGAAACGCUCGUCAAGAUGCUUCAAAAGUACGUGCGUGUCGAUUCAGUUUCCUCGUGUAUGAAUAAUCAUCAAUGGCCGCCGGAUAUCCCUCGAUCAAAUAAAGAUGCUCUACAAAAACGAUACCUGAUGUAUUUAGCAGCCGAGAACUCGAUUGAAAAAGACUAUGUGACGGAGAAAGUAUACGGUGGUCUGAUCAACGGUGCUGUUCCCUUGUAUCUCGGUUCUCCUACUAUAGAAGAAUUUGUACCCACUCAUUCGGUCAUCCCAGUGCCGGCAGAUUUCACCGAAGAAGAUGUUAAACGGAUUGCCGACAUUGCUAAAACGAUUAUCGCUAACAAGACAGUGUACGAGGAGUGGAUUGAGUUUAAAAAGCAUCCUUACGAGGAGAAAUUCAAGAGGAAGUUUGCUGUUGCUAACACUCACAUUUGGUGUAGAUUGUGUCGGAAACUUUAUGCCAUGAAGAAUGGACUAGGAUGGGAUAAAGAGCUACAAGAAAUUAUAUUCGACUAAUUUAUUGUUAGAAAAAAUCAGAUGUGUAAUCCUUGACAUUCACUGCAUGCAAUAUUAUACAUGCAACAAUUUUGUACAUGUUAGUUUGCCUUUAUUAUUCUCGACCCAAUCACUGUGUAUGUGUAAUAAUUAUGUGUUGUGUUAUAAGUCCGAUGACUCAUUUCUCCCUUUAUAAUUAUUUGUAUAGCAAACACUGAAACUGCUUUUUCCCCUUAUUAUUGAAAGAUAUAAUUGAGAAUACAAUUAUCAACA